AUGACUUGUAAGUCCUGUGGGUCAUUUAGACAUCUCAUCGCGCAAUGCCCAGAUAGUUGGGAAAACCUGGCUAGAGUAAACGUUACUAAUGAAGAAAAUGUAGUUCUUUAUACAGGAAACAAGGCUGAAAAUGUUGCGAAAUUAGGCGUUGAAGCUCAGAACAGUGUGGUUUUAGAUAGUGCUUGUUCCAGUACGGUGUGUGGCAAGACAUGGUUUGACAAUUAUGUGAAUUCCCUUGAUACUGGUGAAAAGUCGAAAGUAGUAAAAGCUAACGGAAGUAAGAUAUUUAAGUUUGGUGGAGGUACAUGCCUGAAAUCAUUGGCAAUGUACACCAUACCGGCAACAUUAGCUGGACAUGAUGUACUUAUAAAAACUGAUGUCGCUGAAUCGGACAUUCCUUUGCUCUUAUCCCGUAAAGCUAUGAAAAGUGCUCAGGUAAAACUAGACUUGGAAAAUGACAUGGCAGUUAUUUUUGGUGAGGAAGUGAUACUUAAUUUGACCUCGUCCGGACAUUAUUGUGUUCCUAUUGACAAAUGUGAUAAACUUAAUGUAGAGAGUGUUUUUGCUAUUAGAAUUGAUGAAAGUGACUACAAAAGUCAAAAAGAAGCACUGUUGAAACUUCAUAGACAAUUUGCCCACCCGCCCACCAAUAAAUUAGUAGCCUUAUUGAAGGAUGCAGGAUCAUGGCGUCACUGUUUCCUGGACGUUCUCGAAGUUAUAUAUCAGGAAUGUGAUCUGUGCAAACAAUACGCCACGACGCCCCCAAGACCAGUUGUGUCGAUGCCCAUGGCAUCUAGAUUUAAUGAAAAGGACAUUAACGAGACUCGUUUAGAUAUAUCUGCUCCGCAAGAUAAUGUUCAGUGUGUACCAUCAGAAACAUUAGCCAAAAAUGAUGGACUUUCUAGUGGCUGUGGUACUGAUGCUAUUGGUGUUAAUCAUAAAAAUUUGCGCCCUGAUGAUGUGAUAGAGUACAAGAUAGAUGACUCUCCAGAUUGGAUUCAGGCUACAGUGUUAAAUAGAGCAGGAAAAGCAACAGGUUCUUAUAGAAAUAAGAGUUGA